CCCCUGCCCCGGAUUCCCAAUCCCAGUCCCAUCUCCCCCCGCCGCCCCGCCCCCGCCGUCUCUCCGAGCCACCGCCGCUCCCGAGAUUACCUCUCCGGUCUCCGCUCGCACCUUAGAGUUCGCCGUCGCACCGCAUGGCGGCGGCGCGCGAUCCAUCCUCCACUGAUGGAUCAGAGCGAGGGCUCCGCCAGGAUUGUGCGAGGCAGAGGCAGGAACAAGAGGAAGUGGACAAUGGACGAGGACGAGGAGCUGGUCAGGGCCCUCUGCGAGGUGUCCACCGACCCCAGGUUCAGGGCCGAAGGAGGGGGCUUCAAGAACUGCUACACCCAGGGGAUAGAGGGCCUCCUCGCGCAGCGGCUGCCCGGCCGCGGCAUCAGGGCCAGCCCGCACGUCGACUCCCGGCUCAAGGUGCUGAAGCGCAAGUUCCACGCGAUCAAGGAGAUGCUCGCGUCGCCGGGGUUCUCCUGGGACGGCUCCAGGAAGGUCGUCCGGUGCGAGAAGCAGCGAUACGACGACUACUGCAAAGAUAAUCCUAGAGCCAGGGGGAUGUACGGUGUUCCAUUUCCGCAUUUCGAUGUGUUUGAUGCGGUGUAUGGCAAGGAUAGAGCCGCUAGAGAAGUGGUUGAAGUGUCCGAGGAAGCCACCGCCGACAUGGAGAAUGGGAAUACAAGUGAAGCCGGGGAUGAUGAAGGGGAGGAAGAUCAGAUGUGCACCGGACCGUCAGGUCGCUCCUUGGAUGCUACUUCGAGCUAUAAAAAGCAGGAAAGAUGUAAGAAUGGCGGUAAAAGGAACAGGGCUGAAUCGAAUUGCCCAUCUCCGGACACGUUGAAGGAUGUGCGUGGUCACUACCAACGCGCCAGCCAGCAUGUCGACACGAUGGCCGAAGCAAUGGAGCUGUUCAAGGAUGUACACAGACACUUUCAGAGUGUUGUUCAGCAUGCCGGCGCCAUGGCAGCAGCAAUGGAGGCGUUCAAGGGCGCAUAUGAUCAAUUUCAGAGUGUUGUUCAGAAUGCGAGCACAGCCACAACAGCCAUGGAACAGUUCAAGGAUGCGCAUGAUCAGUUUCGAAGUAUCAUCCAGAAUGGCAGCGCGACUGAAGCAGUUAUUGAGCCUCAUGCUGAUCUGCGAGAAAGGUUGUCGCCUGAGAUGCCCCAACAGGAUGCCAGAGUAAGAGCCAUUGCCGAGAUGCAAAAGCUUGGGUUUACCGGAAGCGAAGUGGUCAGCGCUGCGAGUGUUUUCGCAAAGGAACCGGACCAAAUGGGCAUGUUUUUAGCACUACCCGAAAUCUACAGGAGGGAGUACAUACUCGAGAUGCUCGUCAUAUCACGAAGAAAUCUAUCCCUCCCAUAGCAAUAACUAGAAUUCAAAAAAAGGGAAUGACAAUGGUGGUCAAUCUCUCCGAUUUUAGCUUAAAGCAACAUGGAAUGAGUGAAGUUCUAGGAGUACAAAUUUAGUUUGGUUGCAGCAAUGGCGGUUGAAAUUUUAGUCGUACAUAUGUAAAUGGUUGCAUAUCUAGCAUGUUCUAAUGCGCUGUGUUGGGGAGGUUAUCCUAUGACCGAGUAAAGCUCGGCGUUCCUCGGAACCGGAUACUCAGUCAUUCAUUUCCUUACACCAAGCAUCUGUACCGCUAGUGAUUCCAUGCUUGAAGAUGGUCCCAGUGAAUCCAUGCUUUUAAGUUGGUACGGCCCAAGGGUAGUGGGCAAUCUGUCCCGUUCCAAUUUAUUUUUUUAAUAGGUUUUCGCCCGGUUUCCCUCAAAUAAGCCGAGCAAUCUGUUUUUCUUUCUUCUUUUUUGGCACUCGCCUUUUUGCGGUGCAUUCCUCCUUUGGAGGUGUUCUUGUAAUACCUCUUUCUAAUCAAUGAAUUUGGCAGCUCUCUUGCCAAGCUA